AUGCUGGCACCUACGGCGGCCGUAAACGGCAUUCCUCCAAAAGGAAAUGAAGACGAUGUGAUGAUUGAUACAACCGGCAACACAAAUGAAGUUACUGAAACAAGAGGCGACAGCACAAUGGACAUUGAAGGUGCUCCUAAAUUCGCACCUGUACAGCCAAAAACAGAAAAAAAGCGUAGCUUGAAGCCUCAAACGAGGAAGGUUCCUAUUCCUCCUCACAGAAUGACUCCUCUUCGAAAUGUAUGGCCCAAGCUUUAUCCACCUUUGGUUGAGCAUUUAUUCCUUCAAGUUCGUAUGAACGUUAAAGCUAGAGCAGUGGAAUUACGCGAAAGCAAGGCUACGAAUGAUCCUGGCGCCUUGCAAAAGGGAAUGGAUUUUGUGCAAGCAUUUGCCCUCGGUUUUGACGUUGACGAUGCAAUCGCUCUCUUGCGUCUAGAUGAUUUAUAUAUUGACACCUUUGAAAUCAAGGAUGUGAAAACUUUGCAGGGUGAUCACUUGAGUCGUGCCAUUGGUCGUAUUGCUGGACAAGCAGGAAAAACCAAGUUUGCUAUCGAAAAUGCUUCUCGUACAAGAAUUGUGUUGGCAGAUAGCAAAAUUCACAUUUUAGGCGGUUACAGCAAUCUUCGUAUUGCCAAGGAUGCAAUCGUCUCCUUAAUUCUCGGUUCUCCUCCUGGUAAAGUGUAUGCUAAUCUACGGAGUGCCGCUGCUCGAGCUAAAGAGCGUUUUUAA